GCGAGACCCUGGAGCUGGCGAGAGCCGGCUGCGCCUGGGGCCGGAGUGCUCACCGUUGCUGGCGCGCUGGUGAUCCGCAGUGCCCUGCUCGAACCGAGCGCCCCCGGCGGAAGGCAGAGGGAGGCAGGCGCGUCGCCAGCCCCUUGCCGCCCUCCCCCAGCCCGGGAAGAAUGUGCCACCAGCUGUUCUCCGCCCGGGAGCACUUCGCCCAGAAGUGAGGAACUUGGAGGAAGAAGAGACAAAGGCUGCAGUGGGGACGGAGGAGGUCCGAGACGCGGACAAAAGGUGCGGGAGAGCAGCAGCGACCGGGGCAUGGCCGUGCGGCGGCUCCGCGGGCUGGAGUCGCCCCGAGGCGCACGGUGACACGCGUGGCUUCCCGGGACCUGCCGCUGCGCUGACUUCCGCGACUGGAGCCGCGCCGGGAAGGUGCGGGCACCGGAACAAUGGACAGCUUCUUUCCCGAGGGAACACGGGUCUGGCUAAGAGAAAAUGGCCAGCAUUUUCCGAGUACUGUAAAUUCCUGUGCAGAAGGCGUCGUGGUCUUCCAGACAGACUAUGGGCAGGUGUUCACCUACAAGCAGAGCACAAUCACCAACCAAAAGGUGACGGCUAUGCACCCCAUGAAUGAGGAGGGUGUGGAUGACAUGGCCUCCCUGACUGAACUCCAUGGAGGCUCCAUCAUGUACAACCUGUUUCAGCGAUACAAGAGGAAUCAAAUCUACACCUACAUCGGCUCCAUCAUCGCCUCGGUAAACCCCUACCAGCCCAUCGCCGGCCUGUACGAGCGCGCCACCAUGGAGCAGUACAGCAGGUGCCACCUGGGCGAGCUUCCACCGCACAUCUUCGCCAUCGCCAACGAGUGCUAUCGCUGCCUGUGGAAGCGCCAUGACAACCAGUGCGUCCUCAUCAGUGGUGAAAGUGGGGCUGGGAAAACAGAAAGCACCAAACUGAUCCUCAAGUUUCUGUCUGUCAUCAGCCAGCACUCCUUGGACUUGUGCUUACAGGAGAAAACAUUCUGUGUUGAGCAAGCCAUCCUCCAAAGCAGCCCCAUCAUGGAAGCAUUCGGCAAUGCAAAGACAGUAUACAACAACAACUCCAGUCGCUUUGGGAAGUUUGUUCAACUGAACAUCUGUCAGAAGGGAAAUAUUCAGGGCGGAAGAAUUGUAGAUUAUUUAUUAGAAAAAAACCGAGUAGUGAGGCAAAAUCCUGGGGAGAGGAAUUAUCACAUAUUCUAUGCACUGCUGGCAGGGCUGGAGCAGGGAGAGAGAGAAGAAUUUUAUUUAUCUUUGCCAGAAAACUACCAUUACUUGAAUCAGUCUGGAUGUACUGAGGACAAGACAAUCAGUGACCAGGAAUCCUUUAGACAAGUUAUUACUGCAAUGGAAGUCAUGCAGUUCAGCAAGGAGGAAGUUCGGGAAGUGUUGAGGUUGCUGGCUGGGAUACUGCAUCUAGGCAACAUAGAAUUUAUCACCGCUGGAGGGGCUCAGGUUUCCUUCAAAACAGCUUUGGGUAGGUCUGCGGAGUUACUUGGGCUGGACCCAACACAGCUCACAGAUGCGCUGACCCACAAAUCCAUGUUCCUCAGGGGAGAAGAGAUCCUCACGCCUCUCAGUGUUCAGCAGGCAGUAGACAGCAGAGACUCCUUGGCCAUGGCACUUUAUGCACGCUGCUUCGAGUGGGUGAUCAAGAAGAUCAACAGCCGGAUCAAGGGCAAAGAAGACUUCAAAUCGAUCAGCAUCCUUGACAUCUUCGGAUUUGAAAACUUCGAGGUUAACCACUUUGAGCAGUUCAAUAUCAACUAUGCAAACGAAAAGCUUCAGGAGUACUUCAACAAACAUAUUUUUUCUUUAGAACAACUAGAAUAUAGCAGAGAAGGAUUGGUAUGGGAAGACAUUGACUGGAUAGACAAUGGAGAAUGCCUAGACUUGAUUGAGAAGAAACUUGGCCUCCUUGCCUUGAUCAAUGAAGAGAGCCAUUUUCCUCAAGCCACAGACAGUACUUUGUUGGAGAAGUUACACAAUCAACAUGCUAAUAACUACUUUUAUGUGAAGCCCCGAGUUGCAGUCAACAAUUUUGGAGUGAAACACUAUGCUGGAGAGGUGCAGUAUGAUGUCCGAGGCAUCUUGGAAAAGAACAGGGACACCUUUAGAGAUGACCUUCUCAACCUGCUGAGGGAAAGCAGAUUUGACUUCAUCUAUGACCUCUUUGAACAUGUCUCCAGCCGAAACAACCAGGACACCUUGAAGUGUGGAAGCAAACACCGGCGACCCACUGUCAGCUCACAGUUCAAGGACUCCCUGCAUUCCUUAAUGGCAACCCUAAGCUCCUCUAAUCCCUUCUUUGUUCGAUGCAUCAAGCCAAACACACAGAAGAUGCCAGACCAGUUUGAUCAGGUGGUUGUGCUGAACCAGCUGCGCUACUCGGGGAUGUUGGAGACGGUGAGGAUUCGAAAAGCAGGAUAUGCAGUCCGAAGACCCUUUCAGGAUUUUUACAAAAGAUACAAAGUGCUGAUGCGGAACCUGGCUGUGCCGGAGGACAUCCGAGGGAAGUGCACUGUGCUGCUGCAGCUCUACGAUGCCUCUAACAGCGAGUGGCAGCUGGGGAAGACCAAGGUCUUUCUUCGGGAAUCCUUGGAGCAGAAACUGGAGAAAAAGCGGGAAGAGGAGAUCAACCAUGCAGCCAUGGUGAUCCGAGCUCACAUCUUUGGCUACCUGGCACGAAAACAGUAUAGAAAGGUUCUUUGUGGUGUGGUGACGAUACAGAAGAAUUACAGAGCUUUCCUGAUGAGGAAGAGAUUUCUGCACCUGAAAAAGGCAGCCAUCGUGUUCCAAAAGCAGCUCAGAGGACAGCUGGCCCGCAGGGUUUACAGGCAGCUGCUGGCUGAGAAACGGGAGCUGGAGGAAAGGAAGAGGCAGGAGGAAGAAAAGAAGAGAGAGGAAGAAGAAAGAGAGAGAGCACAGAGAGAAGCUGACCUCCUCCGCGCCCAGCAGGAGGAAGAAGCAAGGAGGCAGCAGGAACUUGAAGCCUUGCAGAAGAGCCAGAGGGAAGCGGACCUGACCCGGGAGCUGGAGAAACAGAGGGAGAACAAGCAGGUGGAGGAGAUACUGCGGCUGGAGAAGGAGAUCGAGGAUCUGCAGCGCAUGAAGGAGCGCCAGGAGCUGUCGCUGACCGAGGCCUCACUGCAGAAGCUGCAGCAGCUUCGGGAUGAGGAGCUGCGCAGGCUGGAGGACGAGGCCUGUCGCGCCGCGCAGGAGUUCCUGGAGUCCCUCAACUUCGACGAGAUCGACGAGUGCGUCCGCAACAUCGAGCGCUCCCUGUCGGUUGGGAGCGAGGUUUCCGGUGAGCUUGCUGAGGGUGCCGGUGCGGAGAAGCCGAACUUCAACUUCAGCCAGCCCUACCCCGAGGAGGAGGUGGACGAGGGCUUCGAGGCUGAUGACGAUGCCUUCAAGGACUCACCCAACCCCAGUGAGCAUGGCCACUCUGACCAGCGGACAAGCGGCAUCCGGACCAGCGAUGACUCCUCUGAGGAUGACCCUUACAUGAACUACACAGUGGUGCCCACCAGCCCCAGUGCUGACAGUACAGUGCUGCUGGCCCCAUCUGUGCAGGACUCUGCCAGCCUGCACAACUCCUCCAGCGGGGAGUCUACCUACUGCAUGCCCCAGAACAACGGAGACCUGCCCUCCCCCGAUGGCGACUACGACUAUGACCAGGACGAUUAUGAGGAUGGUGCCAUCACCUCAGGCAGCAGCGUGACUUUCUCCAACUCCUGCGGGAGCCAGUGGUCCCCAGACUACAGGUACUCAGUGGGAACCUACAACAGUUCCGGAGCGUACCGGUUCAGCUCAGAAGGAGCGCAGUCCUCUUUUGAAGACAGCGAAGAGGACUUUGACUCAAGAUUUGAUACAGAUGAUGAGCUCUCCUACCGGCGAGACUCCGUGUAUAGCUGUGUCACACUGCCUUACUUCCACAGUUUUCUGUACAUGAAAGGUGGCCUGAUGAACUCCUGGAAGCGCCGCUGGUGCGUCCUCAAGGACGAGACCUUCCUGUGGUUCCGAUCCAAGCAGGAAGCCCUCAAGCAAGGCUGGCUGCACAAGAAAGGUGGUGGCUCCUCCACGCUGUCCAGGAGGAACUGGAAGAAGCGCUGGUUUGUCCUUCGCCAAUCCAAGCUGAUGUACUUUGAAAACGACAGUGAGGAGAAGCUCAAGGGCACCGUGGAAGUGCGGACAGCCAAGGAGAUCAUAGACAACACCAGCAAAGAGAAUGGGAUCGAUAUUAUUAUGGCCGACAGGACCUUCCAUCUCAUCGCGGAAUCCCCUGAAGAUGCCAGCCAGUGGUUCAGUGUGCUGAGUCAGGUCCACUUGUCCACAGACCAGGAGAUCAGAGAGAUGCACGAUGAGCAGGCAAACCCCCAGAAUGCCGUGGGCACACUGGAUGUGGGGCUGAUUGACUCUGUGUGCGCCUCUGACAGCCCUGAUAGACCCAACUCGUUUGUGAUCAUCACGGCCAACCGGGUGCUCCAGUGCAGCGCGGACACACCAGAGGAGAUGCACCAUUGGAUAACGGUGCUGCAGAGAUCCAAGGGGGACGCCAGGGUGCAGGGCCAGGAGUUCCUUGUGAGAGGGUGGCUGCAUAAAGAAGUGAAGAACAGUCCAAAGAUGUCCUCACUGAAACUAAAGAAACGGUGGUUUGUCCUGACGCACAAUUCCCUGGAUUACUACAAGAGCUCAGAGAAGAACGCCCUGAAACUGGGCACUCUGGUCCUCAACAGCUUGUGCUCCGUGGUGCCCCCGGAUGAGAAGAUAUUCAAAGAGACAGGCUACUGGAAUGUCACCGUGUAUGGGCGCAAACACUGCUACCGACUCUACACCAAACUACUCAACGAGGCCACUAGGUGGUCCAGUGCCAUUCAAAACGUGACGGACAGCAAGGCCCCAAUUGACACGCCCACCCAGCAGCUGAUCCAAGAUAUUAAGGAGAACUGCCUGAACUCUGAUGUGGUAGAGCAGAUUUACAAGCGGAAUCCAAUCCUUCGGUAUACGCACCACCCCCUGCACUCCCCGCUGCUGCCGCUUCCCUAUGGGGACAUAAAUCUCAACCUGCUCAAAGACAAAGGCUACACAACCCUUCAGGAUGAAGCCAUCAAGAUAUUUAAUUCUCUGCAGCAGCUGGAGUCCAUGUCCGACCCCAUCCCUAUCAUCCAGGGCAUCCUGCAGACUGGGCACGACCUGCGGCCUCUUCGGGACGAGCUGUACUGCCAGCUCAUCAAGCAGACCAACAAGGUGCCCCAUCCUGGCAGUGUGGGCAACCUUUACAGCUGGCAGAUCCUCACGUGCCUCAGCUGUACCUUCCUGCCAAGCCGUGGGAUCCUCAAGUACCUCAAGUUCCACCUGAAAAGGAUACGGGAACAGUUCCCAGGAACCGAGAUGGAAAAGUAUGCCCUCUUUAUCUACGAAUCUCUUAAGAAAACCAAAUGCAGAGAGUUUGUGCCUUCCCGGGAUGAAAUUGAAGCUCUGAUUCACCGGCAGGAAAUGACGUCCACGGUGUACUGCCAUGGCGGAGGUUCCUGUAAGAUCACCAUCAACUCCCAUACCACGGCUGGGGAGGUGGUGGAGAAGCUGAUCCGGGGCCUCGCCAUGGAGGACAGCAGGAACAUGUUCGCCUUGUUUGAGUACAACGGGCAGGUGGACAAGGCCAUUGAAAGCCGGACCAUUGUAGCCGAUGUCCUGUCGAAGUUUGAAAAGCUAGCUGCCACAUCAGAAGCUGGGGACUCGCCGUGGAAAUUCUACUUCAAGCUUUAUUGCUUCCUGGACACUGACAGCGUGCCAAAAGACAGUGUGGAGUUUGCGUUUAUGUUUGAACAGGCCCAUGAAGCAGUCAUCCACGGCCACCAUCCAGCCCCUGAAGAGAACCUCCAAGUACUGGCUGCCUUGAGACUCCAGUACCUGCAGGGCGACUACACUCUGCACACCUCGCUCCCGCCCCUCGAGGAGGUUUAUUCCCUGCAGAGACUCAAAGCUCGCAUCAGUCAGUCGACCAAAACCUUCACCCCUUAUGAACGCCUGGAGAAGAGGCGGACCAGCUUCCUGGAGGGAACGCUGAGGCGGAGCUUCCGGACCGGGGCGGUGGUCCGGCAGAAAGCGGAGGAGGAGCAGAUGUUGGACAUGUGGAUUAAGGAAGAAGUAUGCUCUGCGCGAGCCAAUAUCAUCGACAAGUGGAAGAAACUGCAGGGAGUGAGCCAGGAACAAGCCAUGGCCAAGUAUAUGGCCCUGAUCAAGGAGUGGCCUGGCUACGGAUCGACGCUCUUUGAUGUGGAGUGCAAAGAAGGUGGCUUCCCCCAGGAGCUGUGGCUGGGUGUCAGUGCAGACGCUGUGUCUGUCUACAAGCGUGGAGAGGGCAGACCAUUAGAAGUCUUCCAGUAUGAGCACAUCCUCUCUUUCGGGGCACCUCAGGCCAACACGUACAAGAUCGUGGUUGAUGAACGGGAACUGCUUUUUGAGACGAGCGAGGUGGUGGAUGUGGCCAAGCUCAUGAAAGCCUACAUCAGCAUGAUUGUGAAGAAGCGCUACAGCACCACCCGCUCUGUAAGCAGCCAGGGCAGCUCCAGGUGAACACAAGCCAGCCGCAUGUCCUUCAGAUCUCGUGUGCCGCUCUCUGCCUAGGCCAGUGCCCGGUCCGAACCCAGCUUUGGAAUCACAGCUGCCCGGGCUUUUGGAAACCAGUCGUCAGAGGGAGGAGUCUCCAGGGCUGCCUUCACCCCAUCAGCUUCAGUGAUCACAUAUUAAGCGGUCAAUUUCUAAACAGUCUGCACAAUUUCUAAAGCUUUAGUACUUGUAGAUGAUAUUGCCUUAAGAAAAAAGAAAGGGGAGAAAACCACGCUGCCACCAAAGCAGCCAGAAGUGCCUUAACUUGCAGAAUCGACCCUAAUCGACCUUAAGUGUGCUACUGAGGGGAAGCACUUUCCCCUUCGGGGGGGAUUUGCAGAGCUUGGAAGCAGGGCAUCAAUCCACUGAUUAUGCACUAACCUCCCAGCCUGAUUUCCUGGAUAUGAGGGAAGGUGAGGGAGCGGGGAGGGGAGACAGAGCGGAAGGAAACAAAGUGUGGUAGUUGGAGCGCUGCUGGCAGCCUUCCUCACGGACAUGUAUUAACGUUUUGCUUUGUUUCAUUUAAGUGUCUGUGCUUGCCCAUGCAUGCAUGCAUAGGUCCACACACUCUACACUUUAAUCAUUGUUUCGUGAGCAUUAAACACAAAGGGAAGAGGAUGUGCAAUGGUGUAAACAGUCUGUCUGUAUAUUUUAAUAGUUCAGAGUUAUAGCCUCCGAGGUGGUUUUAUUAACAGAUCAAAAGCUUGGACGCUCCUGUCUUUGCUGUAUUUUGGAAAGAGACAUUUUGACUCAGUUUCGUUUUACACGUAGCAAGGGCUGUGACCUGUGACUGCUGUAUUACUAACAGGUCUGUAGCCCACAAAGUAACUGUAUUUAUAAACCACUCUUAAACUGCUGGCUCCAGUGCUGUUUUAAGAACACUAUGAAGUCAUUUUGGAGUCUUUUAUUUCUAAAAGUUAAGUUAAUUUUUUUGUUGUUGUUUUCUUUGAAGGGUAGCUCGUAUCAUCAGUCUGGGUAGAUUUCAGAUAUAACCACAUGAAAUAUGGGGGGAAGCUGCUGCAUUCCCAUACUCUGUAACCCUCAAGCAAACCUUUAAAACUACCCUAACAGGAAUGCUGAGGCAUCAGUGAAAUUUACACGUUGUUUCAUCCCUAGUUCAUAAUGAUAGCCUGAACACAGCACCUGUAAAUAACAGCAAUUAUGACCAGAAGAAAAAGAAUCUGGACUUGGACUUUUAUUUUUAUAUGGAAAAAUUUUAAAGGUGGGCCAAAUGAGUCUCCACACAAAGAAAAAUUCAACUUGCCUUAUCCCAUAUGGACAACUAUGUGAAAGCAGUGUUUGUUGGCUCAGAAAAUCUGACAAUAAAAGAUAUUAGCUAAUA